AUGACGGGCCUCAGCUGCAAAAACGCCGACGAUGACAAAGGCGUCGCGCGCAUGGCGUCGGGAACGACGCGGGCGAGUGCAAGAGCAGCACGGAGUCGAAUGCGGACAGAAGGGGGAGCGCGGCGCCAGCCUUUGGGGAGGGCCGGUCCGCUCGCUUCCCGCGCCCCAAACUCCGUCAGGACGCCCAUCGUCAUCCAUUUGAGUGAGGACGCGGUGCAUCGUGGUGGUUGCCACGGCGGCGGCGGCGAUGGUGGCGGCGGGGUUUGUGAUGAGACGGAGGGGGACGUAGCGGUCCACAGUGGCAGCGUGGUGUUGAUGAUGGUGGUGGUGUUGGUGGUAGUAGUGGUGAUGAAGAAGAUGACAAUGGUUUGCAGCAAGUGA